AUGUUGCUGAACUACAGGAAGUUACCGCGGCCUUUGAGGGGCCUGGCCCUGGCCUUGGCCUUGGCCUCGGUGCUGCUGCUGAGCCAACCCCGCGCCGGCCGCUGCUCCGCCCCCGCCGUCAAGGUCGAGGCCAACGCCACCGCCGAGCCCUGCCCGUGCGCGGAGCCCGCGCUCUGCAGCCCCGUACGUGGCCGCAGAGACUUCGAGGUUUUUGUGUUUGAUAUUGGAGGAAAAUCCUGGAAAUCUUAUGACUGGUCUCAGAUCACAACGGUGGCAGCUUUUGGAAAAUACGACCCAGAACUUAUGUGUUUUGCCCAUUCAAAAGGGGCCAGGGUCGUCCUAAAAGGAGAUAUCCCUUUGAAGAAUAUCCUUGAACCUGCUUUCAGAGAAGCCUGGAUAGCCGAACAGCUCCAAUUGGCCCAAAAACAAUACAUGGAUGGAAUUAAUAUUGACAUUGAACAAGCUGUUGAAGAGGGGUCCCCUGAAUAUGAUGCCUUGACAGCUCUUGUUAAAGAAACUACAGAAGCCUUCCAUCGGGAAAUCAAGGGAUCCCAGGUCACUUUUGAUGUCGCCUGGUCCCCAAACUGUAUAGACAAGAGAUGCUACAAUUACAAGGGAAUCGCAGAUGCCUGUGACUUCCUCUUUGUGAUGUCUUAUGAUGAACAGAGUCAGAUGUGGACAGAAUGUGUGGCAGCCGCCAAUGCUCCCUAUAACCAGACCUUAACGGGAUAUGAAAGCUAUCUCAAGAUGGGCAUCGACCCUGAGAAACUUGUCAUGGGUGUUCCCUGGUAUGGCUACGAUUAUCCUUGUUUGAAUCUGUCUGAGGAUCAUGUGUGCACCCUUCCCAAAGUGCCUUUCCGAGGGGCGCCAUGUAGUGAUGCUGCUGGCCGCCAAGUGAGCUAUAAAGCCAUCAUGGAGCAAGUGAAUAGGUCCAUUUCUGAAAUCCUAUGGGACACCCAGCAGCAGGCCCCGUAUUAUGACUACCAGGACGCUGCUGGCCAGUUUCACCAAGUGUGGUAUGAUAACCCGAAGAGCAUUUCUUUAAAGGCAGCAUUUGUGAGGGAUCGUGGCUUAAGAGGCAUUGGGAUGUGGAAUGGCAACUGUCUGGACUAUUCUGGGGACACAGUAGCCAAACAGCAAACUGAAGACAUGUGGAGGGCCUUGGAAGUGAACCUGUGAAAGACUAAUAAAAAAGGCUGCCUAAAAUAUGCAUCAAGAAGUCAUCCUGUUUGCAUUUGUACAUCUUAUUUUUUGAAAAGAUAAAUAUGUGCACUACA